AUGUCUGGAAGACCACCUGUUUACAGAUUACCCCCACUGCCCAGGUUACGGGUGAAGAAACCAGUUAUAAGGCAAGAAACCAACAGGUGUUUGGUGCUAAUGUCCAAUCUCCUCCAAUGCUGGUCAUCGAAUGGUCAUAUGAGCCCAACUUGCGAAGCAUUAGCUACGGAGUUGAAAGCAUGUACAAAGGUAAAUGCAAUGGGUAAAAGCCAAAAAGAGCAAAAAAGUAAUAUUAAUUAUCAUGCUUCAAGACUAUACAAUAGAAUAAGCGGUAAGCCAAACGAUUAG